CGUUUGAUCAAUUUCAGUAAACUCUCUGUUCUUUGUCCAGGUUACACUGACCUCAGACUGGUCAAUGGUCCUGACAUCUGUUCUGGUCGAGUUGAGCGUCAGUACUUCAGUAAAUGGGGCACAGUGUGUGAUGCAUGCUGGGAUAUGAGAGCUGCCAGUGUCCUCUGUAGACAGCUGAAUUGUGGGAUUGCUGUGUCUGUUGUGGGAUCAGACUGGUUUGGAGAGGGAAGUGGUGAAAUCUGGGCUGAUGUGUUUGAUUGUGACGGGAAUGAAACAAAACUCUCAGAAUGUUCCAUCUCUUCAUGGAGUCGAGCUGAAUGUUCUCAUAGACGAGAUGUUGGAGUCAUUUGCUCUUAUUCCUCUCUGGCUGUUCAUGAUGGUCUGGUGCGGUUGUCUGGAGAAAGACAGUGUGAGGGGGAGCUGGAAGUUUCCAUCCAUCAGGUCUGGAGGAGAGUUCUGCUGGACUCCUGGAGUCUCACUGAAUCCUCUGUGGUCUGCAGACAGCUGGGCUGUGGCUCUGUGCUGAACUUCUCCGGCUCCUCUUCAUCCAGUCCUGAACACAGUCAUGAGUGUGUGAUGGGCUUCCAGUGCUCUGGGAGUGAAGCUCAUCUGGGGAACUGCAGCUCUCCACAAACUCUCAACUGCAGCUCCACACAACAGCUGUCAAUCACCUGCCUUGGUCGCGGGUCCAUCAGGCUGGUGGGUUCUGGGGGAGACUGUGCAGGGAGGCUGGAGGUUUUUCACAGCGGCUCAUGGGGGACAGUGUGUGAUGACUCCUGGGAUAUUAAAGAUGCCCAUGUGGUGUGCAGACAGCUGCAGUGUGGAGUGGCCCUCAGUAACCAGCAGGUACCAGCCUGGUUUGGUCCUGGUUCUGGACCCAUAUGGCUGGAUGAGGUGGAGUGUGAGGGGAAUGAGACGUCCCUGUGGAACUGCUCUUCUCCAGGCUGGGGGAAACAUGACUGUCAACACAAGGAGGAUGUAGGAGUCAUGUGUUCAGAGUUUAAAGAGAUCAGGUUAACUGAGGGCUGUGAAGGGAAUGUGGAGGUUUUCUACAAUGGAUCCUGGGGAAAUGUGUGUUACCAUACGAUGAACAGAGACACAGCGAGUCUGAUCUGUCAAGAGCUGAACUGUGGAAGAUCUGGCAGUGAACCCAGUAAUGCAGAGGGACUGAAGUCUCAUAACUGGCUUGAAUUUUUUAAAUGUCGGCAACAUGACUCUGCUUUAUGGCAGUGUCAAUCUUCAGCCUGGGGACAGUGUGUAUGUCCUAAUGAAGUGGCCAAAAUCACCUGCUCAGAGAAGGAAAAUCAUGAGUCUCCUCAGAGUCGUCUGACAUGUUCAAACUCUCCGUCUCCUCACCAGAGACAGUGUUCAAAGCAUGUUCCUCUCAGACUGAGUGGAGGUUUGGGCCGGUGCUCUGGGAGGCUGGAGGUGUAUCAUAACGCUGUGUGGGGUUCAGUCUGUGCUGAUCUGUGGGACAUCAGCGAUGCUCAGGUGGUCUGCAGGCAGCUGGGUUGUGGAGACGCACUGAGGGCUGAUGGGAAUUCAGUCUUUGGUGCUGGUGAAGGUGUUGUGUGGCUGAACAGAGUCGAGUGCAGAGGGAAUGAGAUUCACCUGUGGGACUGUCCUCUCUCCCUGAAGAAUCACACUGACUGUUCUCACAAAGAGUACGCUGGACUCACAUGUGCAGAUUUGUCAGUGUCCACUACUCCUGCCACAACAACAUCAGCUUCUCCUCCAGUUUCUCAGACAGUGCGCUCAACAUCAGUCACUCCUCCACAAACUCCUCCAGCAGCGUCUCUCUCUGUGCUUGUGGUUGUACUGGGAGUUUUGCUCUUACUGCUCUUAGUGCCCCUGCUUAUACUGGUUCAGCAGAACAGAGUGAUGAGGAGAGCUCUCUCUAAGAGGAGACACAGGGCGACGACUGAGGCCGUUUAUGAGGAGAUUCAUCACAGACACAAUCACUUCACUCAGAGAGGAGGGAGUCUCGUCUCUGAAGAACUGCAUUCUGGAUAUGAAGAUGCUGAUGAGCUUCUCUCAGCAAAAGAUUUCAAGACUGUAUAUUAUGAUGAUGUCACCAAUAGCAGUGGCCUGAAAGAACAAAUUUUGGGUUUUGUAUCCAAACAUAUUCUGUGGAAUAUCACACCAGGAUACUACGAUGAUGUCAUCACUGAUGGACUGAAACCAGAUCGUGAGACAGAAGACACCCCUGAGAGCUAUGAUGACGUAAUCACCAGUGGACAGAACUCUUAUAUCAAAAAAGAGGGAGUUCAGGAGGACUAUGAUGAUGUGAUGAGUGUGAGUGAAGAUGUGAGAAACCUGUUAGAUUAUGAUGAUGUGGAGGAGGAGUCCAAAAAAGAAGGGGGGCCAUUCGGCUCAAUGACCACGCCGGUUCAAGAAAUUUGAAGACUCAUAAGUUCGAGUGAAAUUGCUAUUGAUAUAUCAAAUCUCAGGUUUU